UCGUGACGAAAGUGACGUAUUUCGUGUACCUAUGUGUUUUUAGUUUAAUAAAUUUGUAAAAAUGGCUGCGAUCGGCAUCGAUUUAGGUACCGCGUAUACGAGCGUGGCAGUGUGGCGUAAUGAUGAUACUAGAAUUGAAGUGAUUAAACUUGAAAAUAAAACUGACAGCAUGCCUUCUUAUGUCGCGUUUACCCCCAAUGGCCGAUUAUUUGGCACCGAAGCCCGCGAAUAUUUUAUAUCAGAUCCCAAAAAUACAGUUUUCGGCGUGUAUCGUCUAAUCGGGCGAUCUUAUGACCUCUUUCAACUUAAUGAAGAUAUGCCUUUGUGGUCGUUUUCUCUUACAAACCAUAAUGGCACCCCUAUGAUCAACGUCAUAGAACAGGGGCAGAGUGUGUCGUAUACCCCACAACAAAUAACAACCAUGAUCAUAGGUCGAGUCAAAGAGGCAGCUGAGAAACAUAUUGGUGGUCCGGUGACCAAGGCAGUGAUCAGUGUUCCGUCAUUUUUUACUGGAGUGCAGAAAGCUGCUACGCGGGAUGCGGCCAUCAUGGCUGGACUAGAAGUUCUAAGGAUAACCAACGACUGCAUAGCAGCUGCAGUAGGCCAUAGACUCUACCAUCAAGUAUCGAACGUUAUAGUGUACGACCUCGGUGGUACAAUGAGCAACGUGUCACUUUUAUCUCGAGACGGAGUCUCGGUUUAUGAUAUGGUGGAUACUAAGUGUUACAAAAAAUCAGGAGGGAUUCAUUUCGACAGCCGUAUAGCUGGGUAUUUAGCGAAUGACUUUGAAAUCCAAUUCGGUAAAAGUAUUGUAAAUGAUGCAUGCGCUAUGAGGCGUUUGACGAUUGCAGCUGAAGAAGCGAAAUGGCCAUUCAAAGACCCAACUGUAGAUGACAGUAUUGUUUCUUUACAAAAUUUUUAUGAAGGACAUGAUUUCGUAACAACGUUAUCCAGAGCAGUGUACGACGACCUUUGCAUGGACCUUUACGCAGACACUUUUAAGGAUCUACAAGCGAUAUUAAUGGAAAAUAAGGUGGAAAAAACUGCAGUUCAAUCGAUUUUACUCGUUGGUGGCGGCGGGAAAAUCAUACCCGUCAAACAAAUGCUAUCCGACUUCUUUGAUAGACGUAUACUCAUAUCUACUAGCGCGAAACCGGACGAAGUUAUGGCAAUUGGUGCUGCAAUACAAGCCACACUGCUCAAUGGAAUUUCCCAUUUAUCGAUAGAACACAAGAUGAUGCCUGAUAUUUUACCAAUGUCUUUAGGAAUAGAAGCGUCCAAAGGCGUAAUGGUUAAAUUCCUAACAAGACACCAAUAUAUACCUUGCGGGGCACGUAGACUCGUACCAAUUUGCUUGGAUAUGGAAAAGGACAAAGUUAUAAAAGUUUAUGAAGGAGAAAGAGCUAUUACAGAACACAACCACUUGGUAAUGAGUGUGCCUUUUAAAACAACUACAGAAUAUAAUUCGGUUGAAAAUGUUACAGUUAUACUUAAAGUCGAUUUUGCAGGGAAAUUACACGUUCAUGUCAAAAGAAAAUGUCCUCUGACAGACAAAGAGAAAGUAGAAGAUACGUCAAAGAUACCAAUAAAAAGAAUGACUGCAGAGCAAAUGAGUGCAAUGUUAGCAAUUCCACAAUCUAUUCACGAACAAGAUUUAGUCGAAAAAGCACGUCUGGAAUCCAGAUAUAAACUAGAAAGAUAUAUCUGUGACGUCACCUGCGCAGUGGACAGACCAGGCCGUUUAAAUGCGACUGAACGACAAUCCAUGGCAGAAGAAUUAGAAAGAGCCAUGCAAUGGUUUGUUAUAUGCAAAGACUGUACUAAAGAAGAACUGGAAAGAAGAUUCCUCGAGCUUUCAUAUAGAUGGGUCGAAAUCACGCACAAAAUAUUCGAUCAAUUUUGGUCUUAUAAACCGUUUCAGUGAAUCCCGCUUAAAAAAGUGAAGUGAUAGUUAUUUUUAUAAUCUGCGGUUCUCAUUUAACAAGUUAUUUUCAAAGGAGUUUGCACUGUAUUAUUGUAGUAUUAAAGUGCCCUUUCAACUGUGACUGGUAAGUAACAUAUUUUUAAGUGUUAAAAUAUUCGAAUCCUUCGAAUUUUGGUAUUUAAGGUUCCCAUUAUUUAUGUAACAAAUAUACGACUAAUGAUCAUUGUUAUGAUACAAAUUCGUAUAAUUACAAAGGCCUAACUUUGGUUAGAACUUUUCAAUUUAAAAAUUAAUUGCCAUAUUUUUUUUCAAUUUUGUCGUAAAGGAUGAUGACAACUAGUCAAUUUAAAUACUUUUUUAAAACGUCAAAGCUACUUUUAAGCAGCAAAUAUUAUACUUAUUUUCUGAUGAAUUAGCUGUGAAGAUAUUAAGAUUAACCUACUAAUUAAAUAAAUGUAGAAGAAGCCAUUUUUGAUGCCUGUUGCAUCAAAAAUGGUUUCUACUACAUUUUUAAGUACGAAAAAAAUAUCUAUCAAUCAUUUUUGAUUUACUCUCAUCAUCCUUUUUGUUAGGUUGUCGUCAUUAUCCGUUGCUUUUAGGUUAUGUAGUAAUAAAUUUGAAGUCGUAGUUACAAAAUUUUUAUUUUAUUGCUAUCCUAAGUGAUAAUGUACUUGAAAUAUGAUGUAAAACAUAACUGAUGUUUCUAUAACAAAUUGUCUAUUAUUUUAAUUUUUUUUCAAUAUGGCUGUGAAAAAGACUGAUUUAAAAAAAUAAUUCUACGAUAAGGGACGUUUUGCUAGUAAACGUUUUAUUCUUAAUUCGAAUUUGAGUUUACUAAUUUGUAAUCAGUUCAUUUAAAAAUAUUUUUUAUGAUUAUUUUUAUUUUAUUUGUUAGGUUUAUGUAAUGUUUGUUAUUUGAAUAAAAUGCUUUAUUUACGUUUAUGAUAACUAAUGAAAAGUGGGUGUUACAUUGUUGAUGUGCACUAUGACUCAAGGCAAAAAUUGCACUAUCGUGACGUGGCGUGUAGUGGCACCGUGGCCACCAAUCGGCUGCAAGCUUGGCAACCCACGACACGACACGAUAUGCAAGUGUGUCCAGAGGCGGAUUAAGCCUAGAAAGCGCCCUAAGCAAGCACCUAUUAGCCGGCCCUAAUUUUUUGGCGCCACCCCCACUCUAUGGGCAGUUAGGCACGCGUUUCUCGCGGUGUCCCUCUGCAACCUGGCGCCCUAGGCCCUUGCCUAGUUUGCCUUAGGGAUAAUACGGCUCUGAGUGUGUCUCUAACCAUAGUUAAAUACAUGAAAUCGAUAUGCUUUCUGACACGACACGCCACAACACGAUAAUGUUUUUCCGCCUUUACCGAUGAUCUUUAAGAAUUGUGUUCCUACUUCCUUAAAAGAUAUUUGUGUUCAAAGUAUUAUUAAUUUUGAAUUAGCUAUAUAUAGUUUCAAGAUUUAAUAGAUAAUACGCGUAGAUAUAAAAAUGUGUUACCUAUAUCGAAUUUUAUAGUCAAUAUUUUACCUCAAAAUAACUGAUUUGUUAGUUUUGUACAAAAAUGUUUAUUAUCUGUUAAAAAUUAUUAUCUGUAUACCAAAGAUACAAUGAAAACUUUUUAUCCUAAUUUAAAAAAUGACAGGAUAAAAUGGUUGUUAAUCAAAUCUUGUGCCAAUGUGAAAUGAACCUUUUAACUUAGGAGUGAAAGUUUUUAAUCAAAUGUAUGUUAUAAAUGUUCUGUGUUAGCACAAUAAUAUUUUACUGCAAUUAAAAAUUUUUUUCCUAAUUUAAAAAAUGACAGUACUAAACGGUUGUGAAUUAAAUCUUGUGCCAAUGAGAAAUGAAUCUUUUAACUUAGGAGUGAAAGUUUUUAAUUAAAUGUAAAUAUAUUUUAGUAUCAACUUUAUAUAAAUUGUUAUGCCAUUUAUGAGACUGAUAGUUUAUAUGUAUAGCCACCAAUAUUAUGAAACAAAUUACUUAGGUUUGUAAUCAAAUGAAAAUUUUUGACAAUAAUUAGUAUCUUAUGUAUUUAGUAUCGUAAAAAAAGACACAAAAUGAGAAUUCUAAUUUUUCAAACAAUUUUACAAAAUAUACUAUGUAAGAUUUUUA